GCUAUGGGGACCACAGAAGCCACACUCCGGAUGGAAAAUGUGGAUGUGAAGGAGGAAUGGCAGGAUGAAGACUUCCCCAGGCCUCUCCCAGAAGAGACAGGGAUGGACACACUGGGCAGUCCCCCAGGAGACGCUUCGUCACCCCCAAAUACUUUAAACUUCAACGGAGCUCAUCGUAAAAGAAAGACUCUGGUCGCCCCAGAAAUCAACAUUUCCCUGGAUCAGAGCGAGGGCUCUUUGCUGUCCGACGACUUCCUAGACACCCCCGAUGACCUCGACAUUAACGUGGAUGACAUCGAGACCCCAGAUGAGACCGACUCGCUGGAGUUCCUGGGGAAUGGCAACGAACUGGAAUGGGAAGAUGACACCCCUGUGGCCACUGCCAAGAACAUGCCUGGGGACAGUGCAGAUCUGUUUGGGGAUGGUGCCACAGAGGAUGGCGGAGCGGCCAACGGGCGCCUAUGGCGGACAGUGAUCAUUGGAGAGCAAGAACAUCGCAUCGACCUGCACAUGAUCCGGCCCUACAUGAAAGUGGUCACCCACGGAGGCUACUAUGGUGAAGGUCUCAACGCCAUCAUUGUCUUCGCCGCCUGCUUCCUCCCCGACAGCAGUGCCCCCGACUACCACUACAUUAUGGAGAACCUCUUCCUGUACGUCAUCAGCAGCCUGGAGCUCCUAGUGGCUGAGGAUUACAUGAUCGUGUACCUGAACGGAGCCACGCCCCGCCGGAGGAUGCCUGGCAUCGGCUGGCUGAAAAAGUGUUACCAGAUGAUCGACAGGAGGUUGAGGAAAAACCUGAAGUCUCUCAUCAUUGUUCACCCUUCCUGGUUCAUCCGGACAGUGCUGGCCAUCUCUCGUCCUUUCAUCAGUGUGAAGUUCAUCAACAAGAUCCAGUAUGUGCACAGCUUGGAGGAUCUGGAGCAAGUCAUCCCGCUGGAGCACGUUCAGAUCCCAGACUGCAUCCUGCAGUACGAAGAAGAAAGAAUCAAGGCCAGGAGGGAAAGUGGGCGGCCCCAGCCGGAAUUUGUCCUGCCCAGGCCCGAAGAGAAGCCAGAGGCAGAAGUUGUAGCUGUGGCAGCCGCCCCAGCAGAGAGCAGGACAAUCACGGUCAAUACCUCCUACCGAAGGGAUGAGCUGCCCCCACUCACCCAGCGCUGGGUGGAGACCCACCACAUGGACUUCCUGCCAAGAGCAGAGAAUGAACAGCAGGCUCUGAAACAGGCUCGUUCCGGAAGCAUGGAUCUGGAAGGAGGAAGAUACAGGGCUGUGCUUCUCCGAAAGUGUUUUGGGGUUUGGUGGACAGGCUCCACAAUUUUCAAGACUGAGGAUCUCAACUCCAGCUUCAGUGGAAAUGUUGGGAGCUUCUCAGCUUAG